AUGUCUCGAAGACCCGUGUUAGAAGAAGUCAAUGAUGACGAUAUAGAUAAUCUUGAUAUGGAUAUUGCUGAGUUUGAUCCAAACCUAAAAACUCCAAUAGCUCCAAAAAGACCAGAGCCAUCAAUUGUAAGAUCACAAGAUCAAGACCUUCCACUAUUUCCACAAAUGCCAAUGCAACCACCACAACCAACUAAACAACAAGUUCAUCAACAAAAUAAUAUAAUAGAUCCAAAAUCAUUUUCAAAAGAUGAAGAAGAAGAAUUUAAAAAAUUCCAAAUUAUAUACCCCUGUUAUUUUGAUAUAAAUAGAUCUCAUAAACAAGGUAGAAAAGUUAAUAUAGAUAGAGCAGUUGAAAAUCCAUUAGCUAAAACAAUAUGUGAAGCUUGUCAAUUAUUAAGACUUCCGGUUUUAUUAGAAUUGGAUAAAACUCAUCCACAAGAUUUCGGUAACCCAGGUAGAGUAAGAGUAUUGUUGAAAAACCAUAAGGAUGAUAAUAAACCAGUAAAUCCAAACUAUACAACCAAAAGAGCAUUAUAUAACAAAAUAUCCGAUUAUUUAGCUGAUAAUCAAACAGAUUUGGAUAAAGUUGGUGCAAAAAGUGGUAUAAAAUUACCAAGUGAUUUACAACAAAAUUUUAAGCCUGAAGAAAUUCCAAAAGUUAAAGGAUUUAAAAUGAAUACUAUAGUACCUAUACAUUCUCCAUUAACUAUGAAACAUCCAAUGACUAAAGGUAUUUAUGAUCCAGAACCUGAAAAUGAAACAUCACAGCCGGCAAUAAAACCAAAUGUACCGAAACAACCAAAGAAAAAAAUCAUGAGAUUAAGAGGUUAA